AUGAGCGGCUCGAGCAGAACCGAGCCCCGGCGGGGCCCCGACCCGCACCGGGCACAGCCGGAGCAGGAGCGGCAGCGCCGGGCUCGGCCCCAGCGCCCGGCCCAGAUGGGCUCCUCCGGCCCGCGGCGAUGCAGCCCCGCUCGUUCCGCGGGGCCGCGGGCGGGAGCCGCACCGGGGGCUCCGGGAGCGCGCACCGGGGGCCGCCGCACUCGCAGCCCCGCUCCGUGUCCGCCAGGGGGCGGCGCUGAGGGAGCGGCGGCCUCUGAGGGGUCCCGGGGCCGGCACGGGCGGUCCCCGCGCCCCGCCCGCUUCCAGCCGCGAUCCAGCGCCUGCUCCGGGAAAGCGCCGCUCUCCUGCCGGGCCCGGCACCGGCACAGCCGCGGCUCCCCGCGGCCGCAGCGGGACCUGCCCGGAGCACCGGCGGGGCCCCAGCCCCGUGCCGGCUGCAACCGCAGUCGAAGCAGGAGCGGCAGCGCCGGGCUCGGCCGCAGCGACCGUCCCGGAGCGGCUCCUCCUUCCCGCGGCGAUGCCUGUCCCGAUCCCUGCCCCAGUCCCGCCCCGGUCUUGCGGCUCCAGGACCCGCAGCCCACUCGCCCCGGGACACCCAGAAGACACCGACAGGACCCGGACCCGAAUCUCCAAGCCCGGGUCCCGUUUCCACCUCAGCCCCUCGAGCGUAGCGCCGGGAGCAGCCCCUGGUCCAAAUCUCCACACAGCGCUCCCAGCGACAUCUCCGCCGCGUCCCGGGAUGAGCAUCCACCGCACAAAGCGGAGCGGGCGCGAAUCCGCCGGGAUUUACGGGCGCGGGCGGGGCCGGCUCAGGUGUGA